AUGGAGCCCAAUGUGUUGGAUGUCACCAUAUCACUUGGCAUGAAACAUAGAUUCAUGUGGCUACUUCUUUUGGUUAAUUCGGCAAUGGCUUAUUCUGCCAACUUGACCAAUUUCCUGGUGACUAAGCAUACAAGUGCACUAACACUCCAGGUAUUAGGCAAUGCCAAAGGUGCUGUUGCUGUCGUUAUCUCAAUACUCCUGUUUCGAAAUCCAGUCACCUUUGUUGGGAUUGCUGGUUAUUCGUUGACAGUUAUGGGGGUGGUUGCUUAUGGAGAAGCCAAAAGGAGACACAAAUGA